AACCUCGACUGAGCUCGCUUCACUCCUCAGCUUAGCACAAAAAAAAAAAAAAAAAAAACAUCUUAACUUUAUUCUCUCCUCCUAUUCGCUGAUUAUCACAAACCUCUCCUCCCUGUUUCUUCCAGCACAGAACAAGGCAGAUAGAUAUCUUAGAUAUUAGAAGAAGAAAAGGGAUAUCUUAGAUAUAUUUGUUAUUUAAAUAGAAAAUUAAGAAAUUAAUUUAACGGUGAGGAUAACUCCCAUGGCUUCCUCCACAAUUAGACCAUCCUCAGCGUCUUCUUUGUUCAGGCUCUGUAAUACUACCAAUACCUGUGCUGCUUCUCUUGUUUCUCUUCAUCCUUCUUCUCGCAGAUUCCCUUAUCUUGCCAGUGCUGUUCCUCAAUCGCAUUUCUUCGGUUUGAGAGCUUCUUCUAAGAUUUGGAGAGGAGAGAGUAGAAGCAUUACAGCUGGAAACAUGGCACAAGCAAGCACAGCUGCUAGUCUGUUGGAGUGGGUCAAAAAGGACAAGCGUAGAAUGCUACAUGUUGUUUAUCGCGUUGGGGAUUUGGACAGGACUAUAAAGUUCUACACUGAGUGUCUGGGGAUGAAGCUGCUGAGGAAACGUGACAUACCGGAGGAGAGAUAUGCAAAUGCCUUUCUCGGAUAUGGACCUGAAGAUUCUCACUUCGUCAUAGAACUCACUUACAAUUAUGGAGUUGACAGCUACGAUAUUGGAACUGGAUUUGGACAUUUUGGCAUUGCACUUGAGGAUGUUGCCAAGACAGUUGAACUCAUAAAGGCCAAGGGUGGCAAAGUGACCAGAGAACCUGGUCCUGUUAAAGGUGGCAGUACAGUUAUUGCUUUUAUUGAAGAUCCUGAUGGUUAUAAAUUUGAACUGUUGGAAAGAGGACCCACACCUGAGCCACUCUGUCAGGUUAUGCUUCGGGUUGGUGAUCUUGAUCGCUCUAUAAAUUUUUACGAGAAGGCUUUUGGCAUGGAGCUUCUUCGCAAACGAGAUAAUCCAGAGUACAAGUAUACAAUAGCAAUGAUGGGUUACGGCCCUGAAGAUAAAAAUGCUGUGCUGGAGUUGACAUACAACUAUGGGGUCACUGAAUAUGACAAAGGAAAUGCAUAUGCUCAGAUUGCAAUAGGCACCGAUGAUGUCUAUAGAACUGCAGAAGCAGUUAAACUCUUUGGUGGGAAAGUUACCCGAGAACCUGGACCAUUGCCUGGUAUCAGCACCAAGAUAACUGCAUGCUUGGACCCGGAUGGUUGGAAGACGGUUUUUGUAGAUAACAUUGACUUUCUCAAGGAACUGGAGUGAGUUUCAGGACAGCAUCAAUAUGCCAUGCCCAACUCUAAUCUUGUGCCAAACUGUUGUCCAAAUUUAUCGCUUGUGAGAUAGUUAUCAAUUAGUGUUUUGUAGAUAAACUGGUCUCUUUCACAGGAUCGCAAUUCGCAGCUACAAACCUACUGGUGGCAGCUUUCUCCAUUCUGUUUGAUUGAAAGAGAGGAUUUUUUACAAAAUACUUGUGUUUGAUCAGUCUGUUUUGAAAGUUAUGUAAGCAUACGUAGAAUACCUAAACGAUGUGUAUUGUAACAAGCCAUUUCUGAGCUCAAGAUUGUCAACUGGCAGACGUUUUGCAUGGAAAAUUGAAUGUUCAGGGUUUUUGUGAA